GAAGCCCAUCCGCCUCCAAACCAAUCUCCAGAUUCUGGGAAUUCUUUGAAUUCAUUUCAAGUUACUUCUAGUGCAAGGAGGUACCUGCGUAUGUCCCUUCUAUCGCCAUACUACGCCCAACUCCUGGAAGUUGACCUCCACCAGCAUCGCGUCAGGACUUCUGCCUACCGUCGCCCUCACCCCCCGUGGCUUUCGUCCGUCCUUUUGCUUCCGGUCUUUCCUCUCUCUUACGGUCUUACGACGUCCUUCUCUUUCUGUUUCUUACAAUGGAAGCCUCUUCAGCUCGGGCUGCCACCCGGGAUCGCUGGGGGGAGCUGGGCCGACCGACGCCGUCACAGCUCCAUCGAUUCAUCCAGUCCGCCUGUAGUCCCGAGAACUACGAACCGAACCUAGCGCUUAACCUUGAGAUUGCCGACCUCAUCAACGCCAAGAAGGGCAGCGCUCCACGCGAGGCUGCCGUUGCCAUCGUUGGCUAUAUCAAUCACCGCAACCCCAAUGUCGCCAUGCUCGCCCUGAACCUGCUUGACAUAUGUGUCAAGAACUGCGGCUACCCCUUCCACCUGCAAAUCAGCACCAAAGAAUUCCUCAAUGAGCUAGUCCGAAGGUUCCCUGAACGGCCUCCGAUACGGGCGACGAAGGUGCAGAUGAAGAUAUUGGAGGCUAUAGAAGAAUGGAGGAGCACAAUAUGCGAGACGAGCAGAUACAGAGAAGACUUGGGCUUCAUCCGGGACAUGCAUCGGUUGCUCAGCUACAAGGGCUAUACGUUUCCGGAAGUUCGUCGAGAUCAUGCGGCGGUGUUGAACCCCAGCGACAACCUGAAAUCAGCAGAGGAGAUGGAGGAAGAGGAAAAGGAAGCACGGUCAGCCAAGCUUCAGGAACUCAUCCGACGAGGCCAGCCCGAGGACCUGCAGGAGGCGAACCGGCUGAUGAAAAUCAUGGCCGGCUACGACACUCGCAGUAAGACUGACUAUCGGGCCAAGGCUGCUGAGGAGGUGGGCAAGAUCCAGGCAAAGGCAAGACUGCUCGAAGAGAGGCUCGAGGCGUUCCAGCCUGGGGAUAAGAUGCAGGACGGCGAUGUUUUCUCGGAACUCGCCUCUGCCUUGCAAAGCGCGCAGCCCAAGAUUCAGAAGAUGUGCGAGGAGGAGUCGGACGACCACGAAGCCGUUGCCAGGCUCCUCGAGAUCAAUGACAGCAUACACAGGACAGUGGAGCGAUACAGGCUCAUGAAGAAAGGGGAUCUGGAGGGCGCGAGGCAGCUGGCGGCUGGUGUCCCCAUCACGUCAGGCUCGGCCUCAGCCGGCAAGAGCAGCGCCCAGGAGCUCUCAUUGAUCGAUCUUGAUGCCGAAGCCGACACCGGCACCACGAACGGCUCAUCUUCCACUCCAUCGCAACCUAAGACGGCUGGUGGCAUUGAGAACGAUCUACUGGGCCUUUCCAUCGGAGACGACUCGGGGAGCUUUGGGCAGACUGGCGCUCUUUCAUUGGGCUUCGGGAAUAACACAAAUAUUCCCGGACCGGCAUUGCUCUCAUCAGUAACGGAAAACAACAGCGCCAGUGGUUUCUUGCCACCAAAACCGUCCUCGGCCUCAUUCUCCGCAUUCUCCUCCUUCACGUCUCCCUCCGCAUCACAGUCCGGCACCCCGCAACCUCAAGCCUCCUCCGCUUUUAGAUCCCCCCAGCCGCAACCUCCCGCAGCCGAUCCCUUUGCGGCGCUCGCGUCCAUCGGCACGCCGUCUCAAUCGACAACACCGGCCCCGCAAGCCGCGGCGACCAACGACGAUGACGAGUGGAAUUUCGCGUCGGCGCUUCCGACUCCGACUCAAGCCCCUCCCUCUGCUCCGCGGGAACACAGGGCCACGGUGUUCAACGGGGACAUCAAAGUGGAUUUGCUCGCAAAGCGGUCAGCGCCCACCAACAGUGCCGUGGACUUACUCUUCUCCUUCUCGAACAACACCGCACAAUCCAUCCAACAAGUGCAUUUUCAGGUUGCUGUGGUGAAGGCCUAUGUCCUCAAGCUUCAGCCACAAUCCGGUGUCGUCCUGGAGCCAAAGCAGAGCAGGGGUAUCACUCAGGCGAUGGAGGCCUACCACGCCGGCGACAAAGGGCGGAGAGUCGAGACAGUCAAGUUGCGCUUCAGGUUAGACUAUGUGAUCGGGGGCAAGCCGAAGAACGAGAUGGGCCUAAUUGCCGAAUUUAGCAUUGCCUGA